AUGAUUAUGGACCUGGAAAACGCUUCGAAAAGUAACGUUUCGAGAAAGGUGAGCAUCGACAAAAUGCGUCGUAAAAUUGGAAAGUGCUUGAGGCAAAUGCAGAAACACGAUCCGGACGUAAAGCACUCGUCACAACCAACAACUACUUUGUUCGUUGGGAAUAGCAGUAUAUUGUGUGGUGUAUCACUGGAUGAACUCGAACAGAUAUUUCAUCGAUAUGAUGAGCAGUGUGAAUUCGUUGUGUAUCCAAACAAAAGAGCAUACUCAUUUGUGCAGUUCUCAUCGAUCCAGAACGCCGUAAACGCUUUUGAUUCUUUGAAUGGUCAAGUCCCUGAUCUGCUUCCGCCAAAUGCUUUACCGUUCUUCAUGGCAUUUGUUGAAAAUUUACCAUCGGUGAAAAAAGACGAACGAUGUAGAGCACCAGCCGAUCUGAAAGUACUCGAAAAUUUUAUUGAUGAAGCGGAAGAGAAGCAGUUGAUGGAGACACUUAACGAUUGUGUUUAUGCGAAAACCAAACUGAAAUCCCGGAAAGUGGUGCAUUUCGGCUAUAAAUUCAAUUACGAUACGAACGAAGCGAACGUUCCGGCCGAGAAUGUCAUACCGAAAUCGUGCGAUGCUAUAAUCGAUCGUAUGAUGCGCGAGGGUAUCUUCACGGAAAGACCCGAUCAACUGACCGUAAACAUCUACGAACCUGGAAAUGGUAUACCGUCUCAUGUCGAUUCACAUUCACCAUUCGGCGAUGCCAUCGUUUCGUUGAGUUUAUUAUCGGAUUUGGUGAUGGAAUUUCGUGAUUUUGCAAAUACCGCAUCAGUUUAUAACGUUCUGGUGCCGCGAUUCAGUUUGACUGUGAUGCGAGGCGAAUCGAGAUAUCGUUGGAAACAUGGGUGGGUAGGAUUGUAUAUGCAAGGAAUGUUGUUGUGUUGUUUUGAGAUAGGCUGUGAUAUGUGCGAGAAGUUGUGUGGAAUAGCGAUGAGUAAGGGUGGGAAUGUGGUUCGCGCUAAUGCACUGCAGUUACCGUAUUUGGAUGGAUGUGCUGAUGCUGUGUUGUCGAUUGCCGUGAUUCAUCAUUUGAGCACUGAGAAACGGAGGUUAGUCUUUGAUCGAUUGAUUCAUGCAAUCGAAGAAUUGAUGCGUAUUCUCCGAGUUGAGGGUCGUGCUUGUGUGAGCGUAUGGGCGAUGGAACAAACUCACAAUGACGUCGUAUCCGAGUACCUGAAAAUGCGUGGCAAUAAGUCACACGUUCAGAUGAAUCGAAGAGAUAGUCAUGGAAGGCUGCGGGUUCAUGAAGGUCAAGAUUUCACGCAGCAAGAUAUGCUCGUGCCGUGGCAGAAUGCUGACGGAGAACGCUUUCUGAGAUAUUAUCACUUAUUCGUUGCCGGGGAAUUGGAAGAGUUGUGUGCAAAGGUGAAAAACUGCGACGUCGAACGUUCUUUGUAUGAACAAGGCAACUGGUUCGUCUUUCUCAAGAAAACAGCUGAUUGA